AAGUACCAUACUCUCUUAUGGCCUCAACGGAGACGAAGGCCAAUAUUGUUGUGAAGAAAAAUAGUAAAGUGGAUUUUAAUUUUGAAGUUUUGAACUCGAAUUAUUAUUGAUUUUGGGGAACAGUAAUGAAUACAUUAAUCAAGCACUAAGCGAAGAAUGGCAUGUGAAGAGCUCAGCCAUUUUGAUGAACGAAGUGGCAUAGUUGCUUGCAAUACAGAAUGGGGAAGCUGGAAUCAAAUGGUUGGUACUGUUACUAUUGAAGUUGAUUUGCCACAGGGAGUUACAGCUAAGAAUGUCCAAGUGGAACUGAAACCAAAAUCCAUUAAGUGCUCUGUAAAAGGAAAUAUUGUCUUACAGGGAGAGUUAUACGGCACAAUACAUGUGUCCGAGUCUACAUGGGUGAUUGAAGACAAAAAGCUGCUCCGUAUAAUUUUAUCGAAAGCACACAGUGGUGUGAAAGAAAGCAUAUGGACAUCUUUGCUGAAAGAUGGUACGGGCACACCUGAUCCUUUGACGCUUCAUGAGAUGAGAAAAAAAUUGGAUCUGGAGAUGUUUCAGAUUGAGAACCCAGGAUUUGACUUCAGCUCUGCUAAAUUGGCUAAGUGUUAUGACAAACUUGAUGAGAAAACAACUCUUUAGACGAAGAUCUGACCUUUGAAUUGAAAAUUUAAGUUAGUUUUUUUAGGUAUAUUUUUUGUGUGUGAAAAAAAUUUUGUUUAGCCUUUUUUUUUGUAAUUGAUUUGUAAGGAAUUUUUUGUAUUUAUGAGAAAUAAUGGUUUGCUCAUUAUAUGUCAUAAUUAUGAGCUACUUUAACUGUUCAUCAUUAUGAAACUUGGUUGUAAGUCAUUCCGUGUGAAAUCACCAUAUGAUUGCUUGACCAUUUUAUAAAAAUUUAAUUUUUUUUCCAAAUAAAGCCCUAUCAAUAGUUA